AUGGCUGUGCGAGUCCUCUGCAAGGAUGCGCCGGACCGCACAGUUGUCCUCGUGGCAAAUGGCUACGCCCUCACCAUGCGCCAUCACCAGUCAAGCGAAGAAGUAUCCGGGAACGUACAGGUUCUGAGCAUUCCAAAAUGUAUUGUUGAGUUUACUACGGCCGAUUCGAUACCCCUGGCUGAGUAUCGCACGUUGGGAACUGGACUUGGAACGCUCGGUCUCAUCGCGCUCGCGGCUGGUGAGGUUUUUAUAUGCAUCGUCAACCAAGCAACCAAUGUCGCCAGCGUGAGGCCCGGAGAAACAGUCCAAAGGAUAGACAGUGUUGACUUCUAUUGCUUGAAUAGAGCCGAUUAUGACCUGGUCCAGGAUCCUGAGUCUGAUACGUAUAAUAACCCUUAUGGAAGAGGUUACCAAGGAUACGAAUCUCCAGCAGAAAAUCCAUCUCUAGCAUUGAAAAAGCUUCUGAGUGACGGAAGCUUCUAUUACAGCUCUGACUUUAAUCUGACCGAACGCAUUCAGGACAGAAUUGAUGACCCGGUUGCUUACGAUGUUGAGAGCCUGGAUGAAGAUUUCCUGUGGAAUUCAUUCAUGAUCAAGCCUUUACUACAGCUCAGAAGCGGACUGAGUCUGAAUGAUAGACAGAGUCUAGACUCAUCCCAGCUUCUUAUAUCCGUCAUUAGGGGCUUCGCUCAGUCCUUAACCAUACCUGCUUCGUCACCUCUGUUCCCACACAUUGAAUCUAAUAUGCCCUCGAGCUUAACAGUAAUAUCGCGCCUUUCCUCUCGCCGUGCCGGAACUAGAUUCAACGCCAGAGGUAUUGACGACAAUGGAAACGUUGCCAACUUUGUUGAGACAGAAACCAUUCUAUGGAUACCUCCUGCCUUGUGUUUUUCUUAUACCCAAAUUCGAGGCUCUGUACCUAUAUUCUGGGAACAGGAAGCUGGUUAUAUACCUGGACAGCAGAAAAUAGCUAUCGGCCGCUCUGCAGGCGCUACGCAACCCGCAUUUGAUAAACACUUUGAGGCUUUAGCUGAGAAAUAUGGGGCUGUACAUGCAAUUAACCUGCUUGCUAAAGCAAAGUCUGGAGAAGCGGAGCUGUCACAAAGAUAUAUGUAUCAUGUUCGGGGCAGUCCUUUGCGUCAGAAUCGUGAUAUAAAGUCUAACUCAGAGCAUGAUAUAUUGAAACUAACAGAAUAUGACUUCCAUGCUGAAACGAAAACAACGGGGUAUGAGGCUGCCCGUUCCAUUCAGGAUGUUAUAGCAGACUCUGUUGAAGGAUUUGCUUAUUUCCUAUCCGAGGCACCUCAGGGCAAUGAAAUGGAUCUCUCAGCGGCAGAACUCAGACUUCUCAGACAAAAGAAUAUUGUACUACAACAGGAAGGUGUCUUUCGAACAAAUUGCCUGGACUGCUUGGACAGGACUAAUCUGGUCCAAACCAUGAUUAGUAGCAUGGCAAUUGACAUGUUUUUUGCACAGUGGAAUGGCCAUGCAUCACCGGAUUUCUGGAUGAAGCACUCGACUCUAUGGGCUGAUAGCGGAGAUAUGUUGUCAAGAAUAUAUGCUGGAACUGGAGCCUUGAAGUCUUCGUUUACUAGGCAUGGAGCAAUGUCAGUCGCUGGUUCCUUCGCAGACAUAAGGAAGAGUGCCACUCGUCUUUUUGUUAACAACUUUACCGACCCUGCGAAACAAAUCACUAUAGAUACCCUACUAGGCCUUUCGACUAACCAGGAGUCGGUGUAUCUGUUUGAUCCAGUGAAAGAUGCAGUGAAUGCUGAGCUUACUCGGAGAGUAAACGAGUUUACCUCGUCUGAAAAGACUUAUAUAUGGGUUGGAACGUUUAACAUCAACGGACGCCGUGAAGGAGCUACUGAAGGACUGGGCCCAUGGUUGCAUGGCUCUCUUAACCAGCUUCCUGAGGAUCCUACGAUAGUUGCUGUUGGAUUCCAAGAGAUUGUUGAGCUUAGCCCCCAGCAGAUUAUGUCCACUGACCCAAGCACGCGCAAGAUUUGGGAGCACGCAGUUAUAUCAUCACUCAAUGCCAGGACCACGAAGAGAAAAACGACCGAGUACGUUUUGCUGAGGAGUGGCCAGCUAGUAGGCGCAGCACUCCUGCUGUUCGUAAAAAAGGACGUUAUAAAUAAGAUAAAGAAUGUGGAAGGCAGCUUGAAGAAGACUGGCUUAUCCGGAAUGGGAGGGAAUAAGGGUGCUGUUGCUAUCCGCUUGGACUAUAGCAAUACGUCGAUAUGCUUUAUCACUGCUCAUUUAGCUGCUGGCUUCUCGAACUACGAAGAAAGAAACAGAGACUACCACACCAUAGCUCGGGGUCUUAGGUUCCAACGAAACAGACCUAUUGUCGGACAUGAUGCAACCAUCUGGUUCGGUGAUUUCAACUAUAGGAUUGGCCUUAGCAAUGAGCGCGUGAGACCUCUAAUUGAAUCGGGAGAUAUAGAUGUACUAUAUCAGCAUGACCAGCUUAACCUCCAAAUGGUUGCUGGCCUUGCAUUCCAGUAUUAUAUGGAAGGGCCUGUCACAUUCCCUCCAACAUAUAGAUACGACAAUGGCACAGAUGAAUAUGACACCUCAGAAAAGCAAAGAAUCCCCGCCUGGUGCGACAGGAUCCUUUGGAGAGGAAGAAUUCUACGUCAGCUAGCCUAUAAGACUGCACCCCUGAAAUUUUCGGACCAUCGACCCGUAUAUGCAACAUUCGAGUGCGACAUAUCGACGGUAGAUGAGAAGCGAAAGGAAGAAAUAAGCCAUCAGCUUUAUGAAAAACUGAAGCAACAACCUACCACCGCAGCUACAAACCCGUUGUCUGAUGAUGAGGAAGAUGAGAAUGAGCCAAUGUACCCGAUAAACCCAGGCCUUCCACCUCCUAGCUCCGAAAAGCGCAAGUGGUGGCUUGAUCACGGCCUUCCUGCUCGAUCAACUAUUACUCCACCCCUUGGUGCUGUGAGCAAUGUCCGGCGAAGUGCCAAUCCUUUUUCAUUUUCUCGGGGGUCUGAUUGGAUUAAUGUCGGAAGAGAUGAUGCUUUGAGCGAAAUGAGCGAGCAGGACCUACGAGAGUCGAAAAAGGCAUCCUCCACAAACAGAGAGCCAUUUAGAUCUGUGGGAGAAGUUAUAGGCGGCCCUGAAUCGCUUUCCACAGACAUGCCUCAAACCUCUAAGGUUGCCGUCAGCAGCAAAACAGUAAAAUCGGUAAAGAUACCGCCUCCGAUACCUAGGAAACCAGCAAAAUUGAGACGACAUUCAUCCGGCGAAAGCGAUCGGAAACCCGCCUCAAGUAAUGGUGUCUCCAGUGGAUACGAAAUGGUUAACCCAUCCACUCUUCACCAUAUCAAGGAUUACCAAGAACAAGCAUAUACUGGUAAGGCUGGCGGAGCCACUACCUCGUCAGUAUCACAAGCUACGAAAUCACUACCAACGAACGAGCUCAUGGACUCAGAUGCAGGAACAAGAGUACCUUCGUGGGAGCCGCUUCAACCGAAAAAGUGA